AUGCUACACGAUGGCAUUAUCAGAGCUAGCACGAGUCAAUGGAACGCUCCACUAUUAGUGGUACUCAAAAAAGCUGACUCGGCCGGAAAACCGAAGCUUCGAAUUGUAAUCGACUUCAGAAAGCUCAACGAUUUAACCAUUGGCGAUUCAUUUCCCCUACCCAACAUAGAGGAAAUACUAGAUCAAUUGGGGAACGCCAAAUAUUUUUCAACGCUAGACUUAGCGUUAGGGUAUCAUCAGAUACCAAUGGCUGAGCACGAUAAACCAAAGACAGCGUUCUCAACACCGUACGGACAUUACGAAUACAAUCGAAUGCCGUUCGGAUUAAAAAACGCGCCAGCCACGUUCCAGAGACUGAUGAAUUCAGUACUCAUAGGAAUACAAAGAUUCAAAUGCUUAGUAUAUCUCGAUGACAUAGUGAUAUACGGCUCGAGUCUAGAAGAACAUACGGUUAACAAACGGUUAACGGAAGUACUGCAAUGCUUACAAGAAGCGAAUUUAAAGCUGCAGCCAGACAAAUGCGAAUUUUUACGCAAGGAAGUCAAUUACUUAGGACAUGUGAUUUCCGAAAAUGGAAUAUCACCGGAUCCAGCAAAGCUGCAAGCAAUAAGAGAUUUUCCGGAACCACAAAAGGUUAAAGAUGUUCAGUCCUUCAUAGACCUCGCCGGAUAUUAUAGAAAAUUCAUUAAAGAAUUUUCCAAAAUCGCAAAACCGUUAACUAAAUUAACCAAGAAAACAAAAAAAUUCGCGUGGGCCGCCGAACAACAAAUAGCCUUUAAUACGCUAAAAGAGAAAUUAACGACGGCACCAGUACUCCAAUAUCCAGAUUUCACAAAAGAAUUUAACGUGACCACUGACGCAUCCGAUGCAAUCGGAGCGGUAUUGUCACUGGGACCGAUAGGCAACGAUCGCCCCAUUGCUUACGCGAGCAGAAUAUUAAAUUGCGCAGAGCAGAAUUACAGUACCACCGUGAAAGAAUUACUUGCAAUAGUGUGGGCUGUAAAACAUUUCCGACCAUAUGUAUAUGGGACCAAGUUGAAGAUCGCCGGUCGAGCGAACGCGAAUGCCGACGCGCUGAUUCGUAACGUGAAGCGGGAAGCUCACGUUACAGAAGCAACUGAUAAAGUCCUCGCGCUAAACGAAGACGGCAAACACGCAUAUAUAUCCAAUGAAGAUGAUAAAGAAGAGGACAAUAAAUGCGAACAAGCAUGUACAGAAGAACAGAAAAAACAAAUUUUGUACGAAUAUCAUGAUGCACCUACAGGAGGGCAUCAAGGAAUCGAAAGAACGAUAAAGAGAAUACGACUCAAACAUAAUUGGCCUGGAUUAACGGCCGAUGUAGAGCGGUACGUAAAAAAAUGCGAGUUAUGCCAAAAGAAUAAACUCUCUCGAAGAAUAAAGGCACCUCUUGUCGUCACAGACACGCCAAGCCGACCCUUCGAGAAAUGUGCGCUCGACAUUGUAGGACCACUUACAUUAACAAAAAAUGACAAUCGGUACCUACUCACUUUUCAGGAUCAUCUUACGAAAUUUAGUAAGGCGAUACCUAUACCGAACCAGGAAGCAAAUACCGUGAGCAAAGAAUUUGUCACGAAAAUUGUACUGGAAUACGGAACGCCAGAAUACGACCAAACCGACUGGGAUGAAUGGAUCCCGUACGCGAUGCACACGUACAAUACAACGCCUCACACGGCGACAGGGUAUACACCCUUUGAACUAAUAUACGGUCGACAGGCAGAACUGCCGACAGCCCUAACGAAACAGUCUAAACCCACCUAUAAUUACGACGACUAUGCGCAAGAAUUAAGGGAGAGGUUAAGGGCCGCAAACCGCGUCGCACGCGAAAACAUAAAAGAAGGAAAAGUCAAAGCCAAAACGCAGUACGAUAAGCGCACGAAGGAAACGAAAUUCGAAGUCGGUAAGAAGAUGUAUAAUCUGGGCAACACUAAAUGCCGCGGAAGAACCGGACACAAAGCUACCGUACGAGAUAGAGAGAUCACCCAUCAUCCGGGAAUAUAUUUUGAAAAGAUAGGAAUACUACACCAAGUAGAGUCUUCCUGGAAAGUGAUAAUUAAAGUAGACGCCACGUCACUAACAAAACGACUUACGCAAUUAGAAAAAUACGUACACAAAACAGACAACUUAUGUCAGACGAUAGCCGUAAUCGGCAAGGAAACAUGCACAAAUUUGCAUGAAAUUAUUAAGAAAGGUUUUGAAAGAACCAAUAAUCUAAUAGAGCGAAUAAACGCAACGUACAAAAGACAAACCGCACAAAAGAGAGGAUUGGUCGAUGGAAUAGGAUCUGUUGCGAAAUCAUUGUUCGACGCAACUGACAAAUUACGGACAAAACUAAUCGAAGACGAAAAACAGAGUAAUUUACAUGAACAUUUCAUAAUUAUUAACGCCAUACUAGCGGACUUAAAGCGAGACGCAGAAGACGUAUUAGAAUACGUAGCAAAUGUCAAAAAGGGAAUGUUGCAUCCUCGCCUAACACCCGUCAAUGAAAUUAGAGUCUCUUAA